AUGAAGGCAUAUAAUGCCAAGUAUGCCAUCGUCGUCGACCAGGGUUCACGACCAGGGCCAUCUCUCAUUCCAAGACAGGACGGUGGCGAAGACGUCAAGACGCUGCUACUUGACCACCAUGAAAGCGACGAGUUCCCUGAAAACACACUUGUCCUUUCAGCUUGCAGACAUGAGCCGGUAGCAACUUCUGCUACUUUAGCCUAUGUUUUAUGCCUUCCGCUACACGACAAAGUCGCCGCUAGAUGCGAUUACCUAUGUGCCAUGGGGACCAUCGGAGACCUGGGAACGUCAUUCAAGUGGGACCCGCCUUUCCCGGACAUGAAGCCAUGCUUCAAACGCUACACCAAGAAGGCCAUAAAUGAGGCUGUAAGCCUGGUCAAUGCUCCUCGUCGCACUGCUCGCUUUGACGCGGAAUCUGCCUGGGAUGCUAUUGUCGCAUCCACGUCUCCGGGGGACAUAACAUCUCCAAAAUCCCCGCACACCCGUCGUCUUCUCGAGGCCCGUGCAGAGGUCUAUGCAGAGGUAGAACGGUGCACUCAUGUAGCGCCUCAAUUCUCAGGUGACGGCAAAGUUGCUUUGCUGCGUAUAUCAAGCCAGGCACAAGUCCACCCGGUAAUCGCGACUCGAUGGGCGGGCCAUCUGAAGUCUCCUCGUCUGCAGAUAGUGAUGGCAGCAAAUACGGGCUAUCAUCCAGGGACAACGCACUUCUCCUGUCGCAUCGCCCGCCAAGCGCGGGCUGCCGCGAAUGUGGACAUCAUCGCCAUGCUGAAGGCAUAUGCAGACCGGGAACCGGGUCUCCGCGAGGCGAUGGGCGAAAAUUUCGCUAGAGGCCACAAGCAGGCGAGCGGAGGAAUCGUGAAGACCGAACAUUUCGAACGUCUGUGGCAGGUCAUGGUGGACAGCAUAGAUACAGCAGCGAGGGAGCGACCGCCCCAGAAACGCCAGAAGAAGACAGAACCGGGGCAGCAAACGCUGACCGGGUGGCUUGGGAAGCCUUAG